AUGGCAACCACUGAAACACAUCCCCCAAUCCAAGAUCCUACCCAUUCAUAUCUUUACCUUCACCCCAAUGAAAACCCCGCCAUAUCCCUUGUCUCACCCGUACUCAACAAUACAAACUAUCAUUCAUGGAACAGAUCCUUCAUUAUGGCUCUCUCUGCUAAGAACAAGGUGGAAUUCAUUCUUGGAUCAGCUAUUCAACCCGCCAAGACUGAUGCUUCCUUUCCUGCUUGGUUCCGCUGCAAUAGCAUGGUUGCUUCAUGGCUCCUGCAUUCUGUUUCUCCUUCCAUCCGUGAAAGCAUCAUAAGGAUGGAUCACGCUAUUGACAUAUGGAAUGACUUGAAGAACCACUUUGCCCAAGGCGAUCUUGCAAGAAUUUCCACAUUACAAAUGGAAGCUACCACCUUGUCCCAAGGCGAGAUCUCUAUCACCGAAUUCUUCACCAAACUCAUAGUUAUUUGGGAUGAACUUGACAGUUUCCGCCCAGACCCCGUCUGCAUUU